AUCAUCUAAAAUUAGUAGUAUCUAGGAACUAAACUAAACUAAUAUAUACUAAGCAUUAGAUACACUUAUAUUACGUAAGGUGUGAUUGCAUUUGAUUCGUCGUCUACGUGGUAUCAGUUUAGAGUUUGUAUUAUAGUUAGGGUCACUCAUGACUGUCCUGUUGGUCUAGUGGUUAAUGUCCUGAUUGCUAUACCGGAGGUCGCGGAUUAGAUUCUCACCCAGAACAAAAGUUUGUGUAAUGAGAACAAUCAUUUAUUCUGUCUAAAUGUAUUCACAAGUAUUCUUAGCAUUUUUCUAGUAGUCAUAAGUCAAACUUAGUUUGAGACAAAAUAGAAGGGAUUUGUAACUCUUAUAUUCAAGCUUUGCUUAGUUCUUGAGUAGAUACCAAAGUAUGAAAGAUGUGUGUAUUGAUAACAUUAACUUGACUUGCUUUAAGGCCCAAUUUGUUCCUAGUAUUAUACUUAAUACACAUCUUUUUACAUUGCUAGAUUACUAACCACAUUUCUUUUCCUCGCCUGUAAAUGAUAAUUUUAUCAUUUCCUAUACAUAGUAAAUUCUCACAGCGUUUGAGCUUUUGUCUGCAGGACAAGCAUUCGUGGAUCACAAAAAUGGGUGUCCUACGCGGGGAUUGAACCCGUCGCGUUCUGUGGGGUUGGCGAGGUGACCUCAACCACUCGGCUAUCCGUGCAGUCAUUCAUUCUACUGACUCUUUGUGGAUCUGGCACGAGCUAGAUUCUUGGUAUUAGAGAAGAGAAAUGCUUUCAGAUUGCGUCAUUUCAUUAGAUUCAAUCGUGGUUAUCCAUGAUAAAUGUCUUGUGGUUCCAUUUACUUUUCAAGAACAUCUUAAGUGAGGCUUUUUUAGUUAUUGUCUUACAAUGCAUAUGUUUAAAUGAUGACUGAGUUCAAUGAGUAAAAUUCUAUUAAGUCCGUUAGAUAGGUAGCUAAAAAUAUAAAGGCAUGUUUUUUUACUUUUAUCUCCAUAAUGGCAAUAAAGAUAAACUAUUUUAAAGAUGAGGAGAGAGGUCUUGUGAUGUAACAAUCAAGCAAAUUGUAUUCAUGUCUUCUACUGAUUACUGUGUCUUUAUUGGUAAUAUCAUACACUAUUGAUAUAAAGAAAAUGUAAUGUAUAUUGCAUAACAAGUAAUAGUCAAGUAAGAAUCACAUAACGUCCAAUCUUGAACGUUUACGACUUCUAAAACCAUUUUUUAUAUCAAUUGCGAAACCUAUAUUUCAAGACUUCAAAAAUGCAUGUAACAUGCAUUGGAUCACUAUUAUACUCUGUUUCAUAAGCUUAUUCGAAAUGUCUGUUUCAAAUAUUUUCUUACGUGUGAAAGACGGAAGAAACGCGAAAGAUGGCGAGUUCCCGUUUGUGGUUUCAUUUUUUUAUACUGUCCUAGUAACAUGUAGGACGAACCCGAAACCAGAUGAAAUAAAAGCGAUCAGAUUUUGUACGGGAUCCAUAUUAUCCCAAACAUGGAUUCUGUCAGCAGCACAUUGCGUGGCCGAUGAAACGCUCAGGACAUUUCGGGUCUGGCACACGAAUUUUACUACGUCUCCAAUAGGAACGAAAUACUUGAAGAGCAUUCGGAAGAUAGUGAUACACCCAGCACAUAUCGACAACGAUUACGUUACUCAGAACGAUAUAAGUUUAAUCUUAGUAGAUAAAUUGGAUGUGGAUAGCUUGGGGAGACUGUCAGCCGUUGACCACUUGACGAUGAUGGGCCUGCCAGUGACAUACGUCGGCGGUGGAGUCACCGAUGACCCUGAAGACGACGAUAUAAGACCAUUACAAGUCGGGGAAGGUGGGAUCGUGCCUUGUUCGAAGCGACAUGGCUUCAGCAAAUACGUAAUUUGCGUUACUCAGAGAUGUGACAAUCGCCGCCAGAGGCCCUGGUUGGGGGAUUCCGGAGGGCCCUUGUUAUAUGCAGGUCGCAUUAUAGGAGUCACGUCGUUCGGGGCAGUUGAUCCUGUAGGGGGGGUAGACGCUUUUGCGGCGGUGAGCCCUCAUUUAGAUUGGAUUCGUUAUGUUAUGGAAACUCAAGCACUGCCUAACUUUCUACGAAAUAUUGACUAGCGUUGUUUGAACUAUGUGAUAGUGCUUGCAUACUUACUCAUUACCUAAAUGUCUUCGCCUUUUUUUUUUGUCCAGUGGAAAUCCUCAUGGAUAUCCUUCGCC